AUGUCCGGAUACGACGGCUACAACAACCAAGGAGGCUACUACGGCCACCAGCAGGGAGGCUACAACCAGGGAGGCUACAACCAGGGUGGUUACGGCCAGGGCGGCUACAGCCAGGGCCAGGGCCAGCAGGGCGGAUACCCCCAGCAAGGAUAUGGCCAGCAGGGUGGAUAUGACCAGUACAACCAGCACGGCGGCCAAGGUGGCGGCAGUGCCAACGACUACUACGGCGGCCAAGGUGGCCAGCAGUCCCAGUACGGUGAGGGCCAGUACGGUCAGCAGCAGUACGGCCAGGACCAGCGUGGCGAAUAUAACCAGGGUGCCCCCGGCGGAGCUCAGGAGGGUGAGCGUGGACUUGGUGGUGCCAUUGCCGGUGGUCUGGCGGGCGGAUUCGCCGGUCACAAGGCCGAUCACGGAUUCCUCGGAACCAUCGGUGGAGCCAUCAUGGGAAGCAUUGCCGAAGACGCCAUCAAGAAGCACAGGAACAAGGAUGAGCAGCACCAGCAGGAUUACCAGAGCGGCCAUGGUGGUUACCCCCCUCAGGGUGGCCCUCCUUCCCACAACGGUGGUAGCAUGAUGGACCAGCUCGGCGGCUUCUUCAAGCGAUAG